AUGUUCGCUCUGCAACAAGCAUGCGCCCUUUCUCCUGGUGGUGGAGGAUGUCCACCAACUUACACCUGUCAAAGUGAUGUACCAAAUGCAUUCCAAGGAUAUUGCUGUAGCCAGAUGAUCAUUUGCCCAGGUGGCGCAGAAUUUCAUGUAGAUGAGAAGUCUCAAAUGCCUACCACAUGCAGUAGCAAAGGAUUCGGUUUCUGCCCACUGGGAUACACUUGUCAGCAACAACCUGAAACAACAAACUUCUAUUGCUGUGUUGGAAAGGAGGGAGAAGCCAUUAAUGGUAAGGCACAUUUCAAAGCUGAAAUCAAAAAAUAA